AAAACAUUGUAAAACGCUCUCUGAUCCAAUCACAAAGCCGUAGAGAUCCAAUGGACAACAACAACCAGCAACCACCACCACCACCACCACCUACCUCCCUCUACCCUCCUUCCUCCGCCACAACCCCACUCCCUCCUCCUCCUUCCGGAUCUACACCUUUAAUCCCCGGAGGUGUAGGAGUAGGAGUCGGAGGAGGAGGAGCCUCUUACCACCACCUCCUCCAACAACAACUCCAACACCUCCAAAUGUUCUGGUCCUACCAACGCAAAGAGAUCGAACAAGUAAACGAUUUCAAGAACCACCAGCUCCCCCUCGCACGCAUCAAGAAGAUCAUGAAAGCCGACGAGGACGUCCGCAUGAUCUCCGCCGAGGCCCCGAUCCUCUUCGCCAAGGCAUGCGAGCUUUUCAUCCUCGAGCUUACCAUCAGAUCCUGGCUCCACGCCGAGGAGAACAAGCGCCGUACGCUCCAGAAGAACGAUAUCGCCGCGGCGAUCACCAGGACCGAUAUCUUCGAUUUUCUCGUCGAUAUCGUUCCCAGGGAGGAGAUCAAGGAGGAGGAGGAGGCGGCUUUGGGGAGUAUGGUGGCGGCUCCGGCGGUGAGCGGCGUUCCUUAUUAUUAUCCUCCGAUGGGUCAGCCGGCUGUUCCGGGAGGGAUGAUGAUCGGAAGGCCGGCGAUGGAUCCGACGGGUGUUUAUGCUCAGCCUCCUUCUCAGGCGUGGCAGAGUGUUUGGCAGAAUUCAGGUGGCGGUGGUGAUGACGUGUCUUAUGGAAGUGGAGGGAGUAGCGGUGGGGGUGGUCAUGGAAACCUCGAUAACCAAGGGUUAGUUAAAGUUCGUUAA